UAUUAAGUCUAAACCGGUUCAAUUGUAAGAAGUAAACCCAACCCGGCUGCUUCAUCUUCUUCACCACUCUAUGCGCCGCCUUCUCUCUCUCGAUCUUCCAUUCCCUUAGCAAAGCUUCUACGAUCUUCCUCUUGUGGUUUCGUUUCUAGAGAAGCAAUUAUGGCGAGCAAAUCUGGAAGCGGUGGAGGUAACUUGAGAGAACCACCGAACGAGCAAGCUGUUCUAAACAUGUACGAGUCCAUGAGAUCAGAGCUAAGCCAAAUCUAUUCCAACAUUACCGAUCUCGAGAUGCAAGUCAGCGAACACUCUCUCGUCAUCAACGCUAUUCAGCCUCUCGACCAGUCAAGGAAGUGCUUCCGCAUGAUAGGAGGCGUUCUUGUGGAGAGAACCAUCAGAGAGGUGCUCCCAGCUGUCCAACGCAACAAGGAAGGGCUCGAGGAGGUUGUGAGGAAGCUUUACGAGACGUUGGAGAAGAAGAAGAAAGAUAUGGCCGAGUUUGAAGCAAAGUAUCAGAUCAGGCUGAGGAAGCAGGAUGAUUCCAAGGAAGAAGGUGGUGGUAACAAAAAGGAAGGUAAUGCUCAAGGUGUUCUUGUUGGCUCUGCUGCUGCCAGUUCCAGUCAGUAAAAGUUUCUCCCUUUACUUUUGUAUCUUCUUUGAUGAUGUUUUGCUAAGUGUCUCUGGAGGACGCUCGAAUGUUUUGGUAUGUUGCAAAACUUGGUAAGACUGGAUAAUUGCGAUUUAUAGAUCAGUUUUUGCUUAUAGAUAAUCA